CCGAGGGGACUGAAACAGACGGAGACCAGCGGAGAGGCGAGGAUAAAGGAGAGACUGCUUCAGGUGACCGAGUCGCAAUGGAGGCGCACGGCAUGUGUGAUCAGAGCACCGCGUCUGGAAGCGCUCGCUGUGCAAAGUGAGCAACCUUCAGAACUGACCAGGACCUGCCUUUGUCCAUUUCACUUGACGGAUUAUCUCAGCAUCAUGAACGUGUCACCCCCGGACCGGAGGAAAAACAUGCGAGAGCUGGCUCUGGAGAUUGGCAUCCGAGUUCUGCUUUUCGGAGUUUUUGUAUUUACAGAGUUCCUGGAGCCCUUUGAGAGAGUGAUUCAACCAGAGGAGCUUUGGCUCUACAAGAAUCCUUUAGUUGAGUCAGACCACAUUCCCAAGAGGGUCAUGUUCGCAAUUUCAUUCCUUACCCCGUUGGCGGUGAUAUUUGUGGUAAAGAUAAUUCAGAGGACGGACAAGACAGAGAUCAAAGAGGCAUGUUUAGCUGUGUCCCUGGCUCUCGCCCUGAAUGGAGUCUUCACAAAUACUAUCAAGCUGAUUGUUGGCAGACCCAGGCCCGACUAUUUCCAGCGCUGUUUCCCAGAUGGACAAGUAAAUGUGAAGAUGCUGUGCACCGGGGAGCCAGAUCUAGUCUCAGAGGGACGCAAAAGCUUCCCCAGCAGUCAUUCCUCCUUUGCAUUCUCCGGUCUUGGCUUCACCUCCUUCUACCUGGCAGGAAAGCUGCAGUGUUUUACGGAUCAGGGUCGAGGGCGUAGCUGGCGCCUCUGUGCCAUGGUGCUGCCUCUCUACAGCGCUAUGAUGAUUGCAUUGUCCCGGACCUGCGACUACAAACACCACUGGCAAGACGCCUUUGUUGGAGGAGUGAUCGGGUUGCUCUUUGCGUACAUCUGCUACCGCCAGCACUACCCACCAUUUCUGCACAUGGACUGCCACCUGCCUUAUGCCAGUCUGGCUGCUGCCGCCCACGCGCCCUCGCAUCCAGAGGACGACCCGCAGCCCACUGACAAUGCCACCACCCUUCCCCUGGAGGGCUUGACUGAAGGGCCAGUAUGACUAGUGGCCACCACCGAGACUCCCCCCAACACCCUUACCAAGCCACCAAGCCAACCUCAUUCCCAGUGACUGACUGCCACUUGUAAACAUUCCAGUGGACAGAAAUACACCUCGCCCAUCUCCAUACUUGUAGACCUCGUCUCGGUGACACCUACAUUCUUUUGUGUUUGUUUGUUUUUUUCUAUAUCUGGUUCUUGCUCAGCAGCCGUGAAAGUCUAUAUUUAGAUGUGAUGUAUGAGAGGAACCUAUGAAUAUGGGACAUCACCGCUGAGAGGGAAGAGAGAAAACAUGUUCAAAUCCUGAAAAAAACAAGUCUUACUAAUGGGUGUGAAGAAAGAUGAAAAUAUUGCCAGUUUUUGAUGGAAUUUUUUGCUUAAUGACAAAUGUGGUUGGCAGGUUGUUUUAGGGCUGCAGUGUAUUUAAUGAUUGGGACAGCCAGCUGGGGGAGACCCACGA